ACUGUAAGCAAAUUGAUGCUUUGCCAUCCCCUCUCGUCCACACAGGCCAACAUGUCCUUCGCCCAGCCUGCCUCGAGCAGGAAGGUCCUGAGCACAUUAGGCGUGGUCACUGCCGGGGGGCAGGGCUCGCCUCAAUGCUGCAUCUAGUCCGUCAAACCUGCCGACCUGGAGCUUCACCCCCCUAUAUUACCAUUGGAGCCACGCUGGACUAUGUCCUCUUUGGACCACGCCAGCGUGCGCCGUGGUUACCAGGUCUAUAAGCAGGUGUGCUCAGCCUGCCACAGUAUGGAGUACCUGGCCUUCAGAAAUCUGGUGGGAGUGUCGCACACAGAGGCUGAGGUCAAGACCAUGGCUGAGGAGGCUGAGGUGGUGGAUGGUCCUGAUGAGAGCGGAGAGAUGUUCACCCGCCCCGGAAAGCUGUCGGACUACUUCCCAAAACCAUACCCCAACCCCGAGGCUGCCCGCGCCGCCAACAACGGAGCGCUGCCCCCCGACCUCAGCUACAUCAUCAAUGCCAGACACGGAGGAGAGGACUACGUGUUCAGCUUGCUGACGGGAUACUGUGAGCCUCCUGCAGGAGUGGCGGUGAGGGAGGGGCUCCACUACAACCCCUACUUCGUCGGCCAGGCCAUCGGCAUGGCCCCCCCAAUCUACAAUGAGGUGCUGGAGUUUGAGGAUGGAACACCUGCCUCCAUGAGUCAGGUUGCUAAGGACGUGUGUACGUUCCUGAAGUGGGCCGGAGAGCCAGCGCACGACCAACGCAAACGCAUGGGGCUGAAGCUGCUGAUGGGCGCCGGCAUCGUCGUCCCUCUGCUUUACUACAUGAAAAGACACAGGUGGUCUGUGCUGAAGAGCAGGAAGAUCGCCUACAGGCCUCCCAAGUAAUCGGAAACAAACGCACCCUACCUGGGCCCUAAACAUACCAGAGCGGGCUGCGUUCAAUGACCCCACAACGCUCACAUCACGAUAAUCAUGUGGACAAACAACAACUGA